GUAGAUGAUACAGGAAGAGAAGACAAACACUUGAACUGCACAUUCACUGAUGAGCAGCAAGAGGGGUUUUUUUAAGGUUUAUCUGGUUUAUUAGAGAAAAUGGCAUUCACACUGAUCAUUUUCUUGUGUUUCUGGGCAGCUGUUGCCAACGCUGGUUUUGAACUCCUGAAACUGGAGGCAGAUAAGCCAUUGGUGCGUGUGGCUCUCUCCCAUGAAGCCACCAUCCGCUGCUGCUACCGCUGGAAUGAGAGCCCCUAUGUCAACUGGAUCAUGAAUAUUCACACCACCAAUGGUACCACAAUGCCCAGUUUAUUAAAUCUAUCCAACAAUCUGAUGAACAAUUCAACAGAUGUGACCGGAGGAGUCACAUGCCAUUUGCUGUUUUUCAAGAAGGUCCGUCUCAAUGAUACCGGCUUGUACCAGUGUAAACUGGAUUAUGGCACUUUUCACAUCUUUACCCAUGGUACCUUUCUUCAAGUAUACAUACCUUUGCAGAAGACCUUGAACCUCAGCGAGAGUGUGAAGAACAGCAUCAUUACAGCAGAAGGGGUGUUGCUGCUGAUGUGUGUGUUGCUCCCUGGCACCAUGCUCCUCUGUAAGUCAAAGAGGCUGAACCAACUGGAGAGGAAGAAAGGAAGGGAGGAGGAGAAUAUCUAUGAGGGUCUAAACCUGGACGACUGCAACUCAGCUUACCAUCAAAUUCAACGCACCAAUCUGCAAGGCCCCUAUCAGGAUGUGGCCAACUGUGCAGAAGACAUUCAGCUGGAGAAGCCGUAGCUGGAGCAGGAGAAAGAGAAAGAGGAAAAGGAACCAGAAAGACAGUCGAGGGAAAAGUGAACUCUGUGUAUUACUUCAGAUAAAUUGUUCAAGUCGUAAUUUCGUGAGCCUGCUGUCAGUGUGUCUUUGCAUCUCGUCAUUAGUUUGAAGAUAAGCUUGUUUGCAUUUUGCAGUGGUAAAUCAAAUAUAUCUGCUAAUGGUUUGAAUGAAUUGUAUAAUGAAUGUGACAUUUUAAGUGUGUCCUGAGGAAGAUUCUAAAUAAAUAAAUGCACUGGAUACUCAAAUUGGCAAUUAAAGAAAAUAAACUAGAGAAACUGG